CUCAUUGUCAAGCAGUGUGUCAAAAGUAGAGUGGGUAGAGUACUCCUACUUCAAGGGCGGACUCAUGGCAUUUGGCUCCACCACCACGAUGUAGAAAAGGUUCUGGUUAGAGAGUGACCAUGGCAAGCCCUUUCUUGUGCCUACGAGCUUGUCUGACGCGGGAGCUGGAUGGCUUACCACGGUGGUUGCAGAGACUUCCCAUCUUCUCUCCCAUGCUUUUUCCGCGGGCGCCUCUGCACACAAAAGCAGGAAGCCAAGAAGCGCAGCAGCCCUUGGAACUUCUCACAUUCUCUGAACCAAGUGACUUGAACGCCACUACGCACAAUCACACAUCUCAGAACAAUGCUGCUGGUGCCACCACCACUUGUCCAAGAGGGCUAGCCCAAAGGCCAUAUCAUUCUUGGCAUGUUGCAAGCUUACUCAAUCAAGGCUGCUCUGAUCUUCCCUUUCCUUCAAGCAGCGCUUUUUGCGCACCUGGAGCAAGGAAGUACUCAAGUGGGGCAGGGCUUUCGUCUUUGCCCAUCAAGAGACGAGCCGACUUAAUGUGGCUCCUGAACCAAGAGAACGCCUCCCUUCAGUUCUGGUUGAGAACAGAAGAAGACAUCAGCACUGAUUCCAUGGCAAGCGGCCUGCUCAAACCGUUAAUAGCACUGCGGAAGGAGAUAGCGGAGCUGCAAGCGAUCCUUGAUGAUGCAAACGAAGAUGAGGAGAUGAAGAACGUCGCAGAAGAGGAGCUUGAAGGCCAGACUCAGGAGUUGGCUCGUGUCAAGGACGAGCUGAUCGACCAACUCCUGCCACGAGACGAAGCAGACGAUAGUGGGUGCAUUCUAGAGGUGAGAGCAGGCACUGGUGGCGACGAAGCUGCCCUGUUUGCGCUGGAAGUAUUUGGCAUGUACGAGAGUCUGGCCAGGGGCAAAGGCUGGAAGUUUGAGGUUGUGGACGUCAACAGCACAGAGCUCAAGGGCUGUAAGGAAGCCAGCGCGGCCAUAAGCGGGCGAGGUGCAUAUGGACGCUUCAAGUAUGAAAUUGGGGUACAUCGAGUGCAGCGAGUGCCCGUCACCGAGAAGAGCGGCCGCCUUCACACCAGCGCGAUCUCGGUUGCCGUUCUGCCGGAAGCCAGCGAGGUAGACGUGCAAGUCCGUGACGAGGACCUGCGCAUUGACACAUACCGCAGCGGCGGCGCGGGCGGCCAGAGCGUCAACACGACGAGCAGCGCGGUGCGGGUGACGCACGUGCCGUCUGGGGUAGUGGUCGCGAUCCAGGACGAGCGGUCACAACACAAGAACAAGGCAAAGGCCUUGAAGGUCCUCCGGGCCCGGCUCUACGACAUGGAACGUCAAAAGCUGGCGGCGUCGCGGUCCGAGCAGCGGUCAGAACAGAUCGGCAGCGGGGAUAGAUCUGAGCGAAUACGGACGUACAACUUUCCGCAAGGGAGGGUGACGGAUCACCGAGUAGGCAUCACGCAGCAUAGUCUGGAAAGAGUGCUAGCAACGGGCGAGUUGGACGAUUUUGUUGAAGCGCUGAUUCAGAAACAGCGGCAAGAUGCGAUCGCUGCGCUCAUACGGACGAAGCAAGCAAGCAUGAGGCAUUAAGCGCAAUGAUCCCCUCGCCUGCCAAUGCACAGCCUCUCAGUUUAUGGAUUUGAACCAAAAGCGUAUGGAAAGGCGUUGUGUUCCAGAUUCGCAGCCUUGCUAGACUGCAGGACGACUUAGUUACGCCUUAGCUCAGUUCCGAGUUCAAGGCUUUGCAGGUUAAUGGAGCUACACAUGCUGCUGCAUGUGCCAGCUUGCCAGUUGCUGGCAAUACACAAGUAUUUAGUGCAAUAAUUCC